AUUACUUUCAUGGCAAUAUUUAAAAGAUAGGCCUAAAUAAGACGUCAACAGGGACAUGGCGAAGCUUCUGCUGCAUAUUGUGAUAACUACCCUCAUGUCAGACUUAUCCGGUGCCACAACAACGACAAAAAAAGCUCAAGUGAAAAACAACUCGGGGGUGACUCCGGCCGGGCAGUGCGGGGACUGGGUGAAGGAGCUCAGCGGCGGCUCUUUCACCUCCCCCAACUACCCCGAGAAAUACCCCGCCGACAGGGAGUGCAUCUACAUCAUAGAAGCGUCUCCCCGCCAGUGCAUCGACCUGUUCUUCCUGGAGCGCUACUCCAUCGAGCCGUCCUGGGACUGUAAGUUUGACCACAUCGAGGUGCGGGACGGGCCCUUCGGCUUCUCGCCCAUCAUCGGCCGCUACUGCGGCCAGCAGAGCCCCGCCUACGUGCACUCCAGCGGCCGCUACCUCUACAUCAAGUUUGUGUCGGACGGGGAGCUGGAGGCCACCGGCUUCUCCGCCCAUUACAACUUCACCCAAGAUCCAGAAUUCAAAGGCCUUGGAGAGCUCCCGCCCCUGCCUUUUUGUGACUUUGACAUGGUCGGUCCUGAAGGCUACGUGGAGUCGGCCGCGAUAUCAGCAGAGAGUCGGGCCCUGCCCACCGAGGCUGUGGACUGCAGGUGGUACAUCCGUGCUCCGCCCAAAUCUAAGAUCUACCUGCGUUUCCUGGAGUACGAGAUGCACAACUCCAACGAGUGCAAGCGCAACUUCGUGGCCAUCUACGACGGCAGCAGCUCGGUGGAGCACCUGAAGAACAAGUUCUGCUCCACGGUGGCCAACGACGUCAUGCUGGUCAACUCGGUGGGAGUGGUGCGCUUGUGGGCCGACGAGGGGAGCCGCAAGAGCCGCUUCAAGAUCCUCUUCACCACCUUCCACUCGCCUCCUUGUGAAGGAGACACGUUCUUCUGCCACAGUAACAUGUGCAUCAACAACACACUGGUGUGCAACGGUAUCCAGAACUGUGUCUACCCCUGGGACGAGAACCACUGUAAAGAGAAGAGAGUAUCGAGUAUCCUGGACACCCUGGAUCACACAAACCUCGCCAUUAUCGCAGUGACCAUUAUCGGAGUGAUCAUCCUGCUGGUCAUCUCUGUCAUCAUCCAGAUCAAACAGCCACGCAAGAAGUACAUCAUCCGCAGGGAUGACUUCGACCCCGCCUUGCUCCAACCGGGGUUCGAGCCGCCGCACUAUGAGCUCUGCACACUGCGCCGCGCCCCGUCCCGCGAGCUCAGCGACGCGGACGCCGCCGCCGACUACGACCGCUUCCACACGCUGCUCCGUUCGUCCUCCCGCUGCAUCCGCGACCACCACUGCGGCUCGCAGCAGGGCAGCAUGCACGGGAGCAUGCACGGGAGCGUGCACGGGAGCGUGCACGGCAGCCGCAGCAACCUGAGCCUGCGGGACGGCUCUGCCGCCAUCUUGACCGAUGGAGGCGGGCCUCUGGGUCUGGCUCCGCCCCCUCCUCCUCCUCCACCACCACCGCCUCUGCCGUUGCCCCCGGCGAUGCUGUUGGCCCAGCAGUCGCCGCGCAACGGCAUGUUGCGCCACACCGCGCCGGUGGGCCGACGCAGCGUCAUGCACCACCACCCCGGGCAGCAGUACCACCACCAGGGCUUCUUCCCCAGCAUGGAGCAGAGCCACGCCCCACACCACGGAAUGUCCAACGACUACUAG